AAGGCCGGGGGCUCCCCCCAGCAGCGCGGCCUGCCCGAGCGGGAGCGCGGGGGCAAGCGGGGGGGCUCCAGGCAGGCAGCGCCAGCAGAUGAACACGUUUUGGAGCCGGUGACGUCUGCUCCGGCAUCGCCGAGGGAGGAAAACAGGCAGCAGAGCGCGAGUCCGGCCCCGCGGAGCAGAGCAGGCUCCCUGCCCGCUCAAGCGCCGUGCCCACCAUGCCCCCCCCAGGCCGGCCAGUGGGGCCGCAGGGGGCCGAGGGGCUUCGCUGAGCCCCGGCCAUGGGGCCAUGGCGGUGGCCGCUGCUCUGGUGCUUGCACGCGGUGCUGGUCCGCGGCACCUUCCUCACGGGGGGCCAGCGCCCGCAGGAGAUACCCCCCCAGCCAGCAGGAUGGUCCCCGGCCCCGUCAUCCUCCUGGGCGCCCACGCCGGAGCCGGGAACGUCGGGGGACCUCGAGGGCUCGGUGGCGGCACUGGCGUUCCUGCAGACGGGCGAUGCACAGCGGCUGGCCCGGGCCAACUGCAGCCGGGGCGUCACGGCGGGGGCGCCUGGCCUUGGCCCCCCCCCAGCGCUGCGUGCCGCCCUGCGUGCCGCCCCGGAGGCGCUGGCCCAUGCUGCCAACUUCCUCAACAUGCUCUUCCAGACCAACGACAUCCGUGAAGCCAGCGUGGCCGAGGACGUGGAGUGGUACCAGGCGCUGGUCCGCAGCCUGACGGAGGGGCACCCAUGGGUGCGCCGGGCGGUGCUCGCCCUCGAUGCCCACCCACUGGCCGCCAAGCCCCGGCUGAUGCUGCAGGCCACCAAGGGGGACAGCGAGAUCCUGCUGCAGGACGUCUCCGCCGCCGCCCCCAGCCUCGGCAACCUCAGCUGGGACAACGAGUGGUUCAACGCCCUCAAGUGCCAGCGGACCCCCCUUCUCCGCAAGCGGGUGCUCAGCAAUGAUCUGCGCAGCAUGGAGACCCCCAAAUGGCAGCGGGGUGACAGCUACGUGGGGGAGCCGGGCCACGUGUGGUGGUCCCCGCCGUUCCUCGAGUGCCGGGACGGCAGGUUCCUGCCCGCCUGGGCGGUCACACUCUCCUCCGCUUUCUACGGGCUCAAGCCGGACCUCAGCCCCGAAUUCAAGGGCGUCGUGCGGGUGGACGUCGAGCUGCGGGACGUGGCCAUCAACCAGUGUGCCAGCGGGCCGGGCUGGUUCGCAGACACACACCGCUGCGACCUCAACAGCACCCAGUGUGUCCCCCAGGAGAGCCGCGGCUUCGUCCUCGGGAGGUACCUGUGCCGGUGCAAGCCGGGGUUUUACAGGGCCGGCGGAGCGGCCGGCGGUGCCCGGGCAGACGUGGCGGGGGCGGACGGGGGGUCCCGGCUGGCGUGCCGGCCCUGCCGCCCCGGAUGUGCCACCUGCGAGGACGAUGCACCCUGCCUGAUCCAGGAGGACCGGGCGCUGCGGGCAGCUGUCCUCUCCUGCCAGGCCUGCUGCAUGCUGGCCGUCUUCCUCAGCAUGCUCGUCUCCUACCACUUCCGACGGAGCAAGAGGAUCCGGGCGUCGGGAGUCAUCCUGCUGGAGACCAUCCUCUUCGGGUCCCUCCUCCUCUACUUCCCCGUGUUCAUCCUGUACUUCAAGCCCAGCAUCUUCCGCUGCAUCGUCCUGCGCUGGGUGCGCGUGCUCGGCUUCGCCAUCGUCUACGGCACCAUCACCCUCAAGCUGUACAGGGUGCUGAAGGUGUUCCUGUCCCGCACGGCCCAUCGGGUGCCCUACGUGUCGAGCGGGCGGGUGCUGAAGAUGCUGGGGCUGAUCUUGCUCCUGGUGCUGUGGUUCCUGGCAGCCUGGACCAUCGGGAUGCUGGAGAACGUCGACAAGAACAUCCCGCUGGUGAUCCGCACCCAGACCGCCCGUGGCCUCCACUUCUACAUCUGCGGCCACGACCGCUGGGACUACAUGAUGGUGAUUGCCGAAAUGCUGUUCCUGCUGUGGGGCAGCUUCCUGUGCUACGCCACGCGCGCCGUGCCCUCCGCCUUCCACGAGCCCCGCUACAUGGGCAUCGCGCUCCACAACGAGCUCCUGAUCUCAGCCGCCUUCCACGUGGUCAGGUUCAUCAUGGUCCCCUCGCUGCACCCCGACUGGACCCUGCUGCUCUUCUUUGCUCACACCCACGGCACCAUCACCAUGACCCUGGCGCUGCUCUUCAUCCCGAAGUUCUUGCACGCCGGCUCGCCGCUGCGGGAGGAGAUCGCGGCUGAGGUCUACGAGGACGAGCUGGACAUGAGGCGCUCGGGCUCCUGCCUGAACAGCAGCAUCGCGUCCGCCUGGAGCGAGCACAGUCUCGACCCCGAUGACAUUCGGGAGGAGCUGAAGAAGCUUUACACGCAGCUGGAGGUGCACAAGACGCGGAGGAUGGCGGCCAACAACCCCCACCUCCCCAAGAAGCGCAGCUCCCGUCGCAGCCUGGGCCGCUCCAUCGUGCGCCGCGUCGCCGAGCUGCCCGAGGCCGUGGCACGCCGGAGCAGCGGCGGGGAGCGGGUGGGCACCCUGGCACGCCGCGGCUCCUCGGCCAAGCGACUCCCUGAUGCCGUCGGCACCAGCCUGCGGAUGAGGGAUGACGGCUCCCGGCGCCGCGCCGCAACCCUGCGCAAAUCCCACAGCACCGAGAGCCCCGUGCGGGAGCCCCGGAGAGGCUCACCCACCCCCAGGGAGCCUGCGCCGGGGAGGAAGACGAUGGCGGCGGCGGCCUCGGAGCCAUCUGACAGCGAAUCCCUUGAUGCCGCCCCACUCGUGUGCAAGUCGGCCAGCGCCCACAACCUGGCAGGGCACGGGCAGCCCCCCUUGCCCCACGCAGCCCCCUUGCAGAAGUCGCUCAGCAUCGUGGUCGGUGCACGGGAAGAGGCCCUGCUCGCCGCCCGCCGAGCCGCGCGGGAGAAGCAGCACACCAACCGGCACGCGUUCGCCCCAUCCUCGGAGCACCCCACAGGCCAGGGACCCCCCAAGAAAGCCGGGAGACCCCAAAGCCCCAGCGCGGCCGAUGCCCUCCUGCCAGAUGGCUCCAGCCCCGCCGAGGGGUGCUCCCAGGAGGACACGUCCCCCCCGGGCGAUGGCAAGGUGCAGAAACACGUCACUUACGCUCCCAUCAAGAGCAUCAGCAUCGACAGCUCCCGCGUCCCGGGGCGGGUGCGGGUGGCCGUGAGGAGGACCCCACCACCACCCCCUGUCCGCUACCAGAGCCUGGUGCAGCGUGCGGCGCCAGCCGGGGACAGCCCGGAGCCAGUGGAGCCCCCGGCACAGGCGGGAAAGCCGGAGGGGACACCGGCGGGGACAGCAGAGGAAGAUUUGGGGCGUGCAUCCCCCCCGGCAGGGAGGGGCAGGCUGCUGACCGCAGUCUCCAUCCCGGCGCAGGUCUGUCCCUGGGAGCUGGUCCAGGAGGAGAUCCUGAGCCAGAAGCAAAAAGCCCCUGAAGCAGCAGACUCAGGGACCCCCGGUGACGCAGCGGCCACCCCCCCGAGCCUGAAGCCAUCCUCCCAGAAGACUUCCCUCCGGGGCCUGGGACUCGCCCUCAAAGCCUUCAACCGCUCCAGGGGGAAAAGCAUCCUGAAGGGCAAGAGAGAGGGCGAGGGGAGCCUCGGGAAGAGGGGGCACGAGCGGGAGGGGGGCAGCAGGAGGGAGAGGACCAGCCUGGCAGAGGCAUCGGCCACGUCCCUCGGGGGGAUCGGCCAAGACCCCACCGCCAAAAGCCUCGAGUGGGGCAGGCAGAGGCCCGGCAGCGAGCCCACUGCCCACCCGUGGCAGGGGGAGACGGUCCCCUGCCAGCACAACAACAACGCCGGCACGGCCUGGGAAGCCGCAGGCGGGGGGUACGGCCGGGAAGAGGCAGAAGGACAGCGGGACAGCCCAGCCCCGGGGACAGGCAACGGCGAGAAACUGGCAGAGGAGCCCAGUGCUCCCCGGGGGGACACGGAUGGUGGUGGGGGCCCAGAGCCACCUUCAGGGGUGCACGGGAUCCCACCCAGUGUCAGCCACCAAGAAGGAGCUGAACAUCCCCGUGAAAGCCCCGUGGUGGCCAGCAGCGGAAAAGCAGAGACACGUCCCCAGCGAGGGGCCGAGGCUCCCACAGCAGAGCCGGGGAAGGAUGCUCCCACGGCUGUGGCGAGGCUGAUGGCACCGAAGGAAGAGGUGGCCGGGCUGGCCGAAGGGCUGGAGGGGGGCAGCAGGUCCAUCCGCCCCCAGGACCGCACGGAGAUGGAGCAGCCACGUGCAAAACCUGUCGCCGGCAGCCCCCACCCGUCCACCCCCGGUGCGUGGAGAGCGGCUGCCGAGAAGCCGGGGGCUGAGGUUUGUCCCUGGGGAGCCCCGGGUGUCCCAGGAGGAAGAGGAGCCUUGCUGCGCCAGGAGGCGAUUGCUUCCCAUGAGGACAGCGGGGUCCCACCGGGUGGGGAGAGCCCGGCCAAGGCACCGGAGAAGGGGGGCAGCCAGCCCGAGCCCCUCGGCCCCAGCGCCGAAAAGGUCCCUGCAAAGAGCCGGAGCACGGAGGUGGCCCCAGCUACAGCGGGGAAAGCCAGCAGCGCAGCAGGCAGGCGGGCAGAGGUCUGUCCUGGGGAAACCCAGGCAGAUUCCAGCAUCAAAAUAGAAAUUUGCCCCUGGGAGGGGAGCGGGGGCGAGUGCUGGGAGCCAGGCAGAGCCGUGGGGAAGGGCAGCAGCGAGGGGGAUCCCGGCCGUCCCGGGAAAGAACCAGGCACGGAAAAACCACCAGCAAAAACCCCAGAGCUGCUCAAAGCAGAGACAGCGGGCAGGGCGGAGGGGAGGACGGCCGAGGUUUGUGCGUGGGAGAUCGGGGAAGGAGGAAGGACCGUGAGAGCAGAAAUCUGCCCCUGGGACGUGGAGGGGGCUCCGCCGGAGCAAGAGAGGCGGGAGGGAGAGAGGAGGCGGCUGGCCAAGUGGGUCAGGAGCAUCAGACCGAAGUCGCUGGGUUUGCUGAGAGCACAGGAGAGCGGGACCAGCCCGCGAGCGCCCGGCUGGUCCUGGGGCAGCACCGGCAGCGAGGGACCCCCACCAAAACCUGCUCCCAGCAGCCCUGAGCUGCCAGAAGCGACCUUGAGGAGCCCAGCGAGCACACGGGCUUCAGUUUGUCCCUGGGAAGCGGCUGGAGCCGACAGCGAUGCAGAAGUUGUUUGCCCUGGGGAAAGGGGAACGGCCUCAUCCGAUGCAGGAAAAUUAGAUGACGGUGAAGUUUCCCAAGUGCAAAACGGGAUUUCCCCGCAGAGGGCAGCCCCGAGGGGCGCAGGAGAGACGGCUCCGGCUGCAGCCAAGGGGAGCGGCCAGCGAGGAUCCCCCAGCCCCAGGGAACAUGUGGAGCAGCUCGGCACAGGGCUUGCAGCAGAACACCCGGCUCUGCCCAAAACGUCAUCUAAGCAAGCAGGAAUCAUCGAUAGCAAAAAGGCCGACGUUUGUCCAUGGGAAGUGGAGGAUCAGCCGCUUCCUAAAACAGAAAUCUGCCCUUGGGAAGAGCCUGCAGCUCCAUCGGGGAAGGAGAGAAGGAGUCAGGACACAUGCGGGACUUCCAAAGGGGAAAACAAACCAGGAUCUGGAGGACUUGAAGAUAUCAAAGCCAAGCUGGCAGAGAUGGGUGGCCAUCAGCCAGAGCGCAGGGACACCGGGAUCUUUGCAAAGCUCAUUAGGAAAAGCCUGGAGUGCUCAAAAGCAGAGUCCAAAAAAUCUCAGAGCGUGGAGAGCACAAAGGCUGAGGUCUGUCCCUGGGAGAGCCUGGGCACGGAGCAGCCCCCAGAACAACCCCGUGCCAGGAGCCCGGCGCUGCCCAAAUCACCUUCCAAGAAAUCCCAGAGCGCGGAGAGCCUGAAGGCAGAGGUCUGUCCUUGGGAGGCUCCAGAGGUCAAACCCACCGAUAAAGCAGAAAUCUGCCCCUGGGAGGUGGCUGCAGCUCCCUCCGAUCAGCCGAAGGCAAAGCAGGGUCCUCGGGGGGCUGCAAAGGGGGACAAGCACAUCACGCGCCAGGCGGCGUUGGCCAGCCCGGUGAGAUCCCUGGAGAAGGGCAGCAGCAAGCGAGAGGCCGUCUGUCCCUGGGAGAGCCUGGGCACGGAGCAGCCCCCAGAACAACCCCGUGCCGGGAGCCCGGCGCUGCCCAAAUCGCCUUCACGGAAAUCCCAGAGCACGGAGAGCCUGAAGGCAGAGGUCUGUCCUUGGGAGGCUCCGGAGGUCGAGUCCACCAACAAAGCAGAAAUCUGCCCCUGGGAGGUGGCUGCUCCACCAUCAAGUAAAGAGAAACCAAGACCGGACAAAGAUGGUCUGACCAUGGCGAGCAGAAGCCCUUCCACAAGUCAAGGUCUCUGCAAAGAGAUUGGAGACACAAAGUCUGCAAAGAAGGAGAAAGCAAGCAGAGACCGUGAGUCCAUCUGUCCCUGGGAGAGCACGGACACAGGGGGCCCCUCCAUGGGGUACGGCACAAGGAGUGCAGAGCUGCUGAAAGCCACGGCCAAGAACGUGGUGACCAUAGGGAGCACAAAGGCUGAGGUCUGUCCCUGGGAGAGCCUGGGCACGGAGCAGCCCCCAGAACAACCUCGUGCCACGAGCCCAGUGCUGCCCAAAUCACCUUCAAAGAAAUCCCAGAGCACAGAGAGCCUGAAGGCAGAGGUCUGUCCUUGGGAGCUCGAACCCACCGAUAAAGCAGAAAUCUGCCCCUGGGAGGUGGCUGCAGCUCUGCUGGAGAAGGGAGCAGCCCUGGGUAAGACGAGCCUCCCACCGAGAAAAGCAGGUUCCCCCAAAGCACUGGAGAAGGGGAGCAGCGAGCGUGAGGCCAUCUGCCCCUGGGAGAGCCUGGGCACCGAGGAGCCCUCCCUGAAGACUGCAGUGGGGAAAGAGCUGUCCAAGAAGUCCGACAGCACGGAGAGCAGGAGAUCCGCUAUUUGCCCCUGGGAAGCAGCAGAGCCCACCGGCUUGGAGAAGGAAAGCUUCAAACCAGGCGUGCACCCACCGGGAGCUGGCAGAGCAUCCCCCACGAGGACGGGAAAGCCAAAGCCGGAGGCAGGAGCCAGCGCCGUGUCUCCAGCAGCCCUGCUGAAAACAUCCAAGGGCAGAUCUGACGGCGACGCUGAGCACAAGCCCCUGUGCCGCAUCCUGCCGGGCAUCCAGCCCCCGCGGGGUCCCGGGGCAGAGCCUGGGGGAGCAAGCACGGCUCCCGCAGCAGGCAGCAGCCCCAGCCCAGGCACCAGCAGAGCCGAGGUUUGUCCCUGGGAAACAGAAGCAGCUCCACCAGCAUCUGACAAGACCAGCACAGACGCAAGGAAAACCUCUGAGGUGUGUCCGGGGGAUGUGGAGAGCGUGGAUCCCAACCCGACCCUCGGCGGGGAGGGCAGAGCCGGGGGGAGCCCCCAGGACAGAGGCAGGGGUGCGGGUGAAACUAAACCCGACGUCUGCCCCUGGGACCACGAGUAGCUCCCUCCGUCCGGCCGCCAGCUGGGUGCAGACACGGAUUUCACGAACGGAACAUCUCGAGCUGAAGGCUGCUGCCUACCUGCACCUCCCGGACGGGCACAGAAGCGUCCACCAAAGCCAACGGCACGGCCAACGGCUCCGGAGGCGGCCAUCAGCCAGCCAGGCUUGGGGACCAGUGCAGCGAGGGGACAGUUAACAUCUCCUGCCUUCAUCGAAGCACUCGAGCCCGACAGCAGCCCGCCAACGCCGCCCAUCGUUUACCCAGCGCUGGGUCCCCUGGGUCCGAGCACCUGAAUACGGUAAAACACCCGUGGGUGCCAGCCUCGCUCGCUUCCACCGAGGCAGCGGACACAAAGCUGCGGCUGGCCAGCUAGAGACGCUCGCCCACAAGCUCUCCAGCAGCUGAACGUCCUCCUGCCCCGUCGCGGGGAGGUUUGUGCCUCCGGCACAGCGAGGAACAGCUUGCCUGGCACCCCGAAACACGCAGCCUCAGCAAGACGGACGCUGAAACGAGGGGAGAGGCAAACCACGGGCAGCAACGAUGCAGCUGGGAGGAAAACAGCGUUCCAGAGCUCCUGCAGCCCGGCCGAUCUCCCCCAGCGCUGCUGUCGCCUCCAUUUUAGGCCAGGGUGGUUUCCAUAAGCACUGCUGGGACCAGGCAGGUUCUGAAGCCUGGGAGAAGGAGCUGCUGUUCCCAGCCAGCCCCACGACACAUUUUGCUUCCUUGACACAAAGUCAUUUAUUUUUAAUCGUCCUCUGAAGUCCCCGAGCCAGCCACAGGCCUUCCACGCAUGCCAAGCAAACCUUUCUGCUCCGUUCCGGUCCAGCGACGCCAGCCCAGUGCUCGAACGUCGCGCUUGGCGAUGCCCACCACCAUCUCCGUUCCCAGAUGCCUUCGCCCAUCGCUCACCCUGGGAGGAAUAAAACCAACCUUCAGGCCACCCCGCCGCUCUGCUUUUAGAAACCUCCGCGUCCGCGAAGGCUGAGAUGGCUUUUCCUGCUUCUAACCUCCUCUCUAACUUCACGGCACUGCUACGCUUCUAAUUCUUGCAGCAACUCAGCUGUAAAGGCGUUUGUCUUAACUAACAAUGCCGCUAACUUUUCAAAGCACUUUGUCGUGACUGGUUUCUUCUUCACCCGUACUGUGUGUGCACGUGUGUACGUUCACCAGGUGUGCAAACACGCCUUCCCAUCACAGGAGAGGGGUUUUUUCCCCAUCGACACUAGCAAGCCUUCACUUUUACAGCCCAUCUGUAGAAGCGCUGGAUGCCUUUUGUCAUCCCCCGUUUCAACGUCUCCCUGCAUUGGCAAGACCCAUUCCUUUGGGGCAGAGAUGAAAAGACUCCUGUGUGACAGAGAAGAUGCUGAGAGCACGGAGGCACUACGAUCUCUAGGUCAGAUCUACGAUCCCUAGAUCAUCAGACGGGGCUCCCGGGUUUACCAUUACUCCAGCCCACCGCCCACAAAUGCACAAGGGAAGGGACACGGCCAAAAACACAGGGAGAAGCCGCAGGGUCAGAAAAGCAGCAGCUGGAACCAACAAAGCCUCCAGCCUCCCAGAUUUGUCCCUCUGCUCCACUUAGAUGGAAGGAAAUAAAAAAAAAAAACCCUCCAGAGACAGCAGAAGCGAAGGUUUCGGGUCUCUGAUCUCCACGCCAGGCUCAGGGCUCGUCCUGCCGUCCCUUUGUCGUUUGCUUCACGUUGCUGUAGCGUGCUGUCCGUGGUCUUCAGCGCUGAACGUCAAACGAUCAUCCGGUUGUGUAAG